ACUGAGCGCGAACUGCUUAGUAAAUGUUAAACGAACAUUGAAAGAUAAGCUAAGAGCAAACAUGUGGACGCAGCGGCUCCAACUGUGGCAGAGUGCAGCAAUAGGAGAGAUUCCCGAAACAGUUAAAGAGGAGGACAAAGAAUAUAAGACGGAACACAACAUCCUUGAAGCUGAUGUUAAGGAGGUGGUGAUUGUUAAAGAAGAGGAACCUGUGGACUACAGACCAUAUGCUCACCUGAAUGACCCAAAGCCUGAACACAUAAAGGAGGAACAGGAAGAAAUCUACGUCAGUCUGGGGGGAGAGCAGCUCAAUGCAAAGGAGGAGAUGGAAGCCACCAGCUUUCCAGUGACUGCUUCUCUCAAUGACGGUGUGAAUGAUAACCAUUCCCCUCGGCUCUCUCAGCUUUAUCCAGACCAGUUUACAGGCAGAGAGAUUCCAGAUGGUUCUAUUUACUUAAAGACUGAAGACACUAUGGAGGAUGAGGACAGUGAUAUAAAACCUUCAGUCUCUGAGCUGAAACACUUGUCAGAUUGUGGGCUAAAAACUAAGGACAUGGACAAUGACUGUAAGUACAGAGCACCGGAAUUGGAUGGAAAUAUGAAGAAACCCUAUAGUUCCUCUACGCUUGCUGAACAUUUUUUACAUCCCUUUGUUCAGAACGACUCAAUCGAUUCAGAUAUAGAGUCUCCAAGCUUCCCAAAUGAAGGCUCACAAAGGAAAGUCCAGCCAGGAUUAAAGUUUAGCUGUGAAGACUGUGGUAAAUUAUUGACAGGAAAACGAGGUUUAAACAGACACAAGAAGCUCCACACUGGGCAGAAACCCUACACCUGUGAUGUAUGUGGGAAAACAUUUAGCACAAAUUCAAAUUUUAAUACACAUAUAAAAUUCCACACAGGACAUAAACCUUAUAUCUGUGAUCUAUGUGGACGAAGUUUUACUUUGAAUGGACAUUUAACCCGACACAUGAUAAGCCAUUCUGGACAGAAACCUUUCUGUUGUGAUCUGUGUGGACAAAGGUUUACCUUAAAAGCUGGGUUAACCAGACACAUAAAAAUCCACACUGGACAGAAACCGUUCUGUUGCAAUUUAUGUGGACAAAGUUUUAGUCGAAAAACACAUUUAAACAGACAUUCAAAGAUCCACACAGGACAGAAGCCUUUCUCUUGUGAUCUCUGUGGACAAAGAUUUAAUGAAAAAUCAAACUUAACCAAACAUAUGAUGACCCACACGGGACAGAAACCUUUCUGCUGUCUUCACUGUGGAAAAAGAUUUAGUCAAAAAGUAGGUUUAGAGACACACAAUAGAAUCCACACUGGACAGAGACCUUUUCCAUGUGAUAUAUGUGGAAAAAGAUUUAGUGAAAAAGGAAAUCUAAGUACACACAUGAGAAUCCACACAGGACAUAAACCUUUCUGCUGUGAUGUUUGUGGGACAAGAUUUACUGUAAGCUCAAGUUUGAAGCAACACAUGAAAACCCACAGAGGAAGAAAAAUGGCUUAGCUAUGAAUACACAAUAAAGCCACUCAAAAAACAAAUUGUAAAGUUUCUCAGGAAAAAUUAUAUAAACUUCAUUAAAGCUAUAGUGGAGUUUUUUGAAUUUUUUAAAAGACCCGCCAUUUCC